AUGACUGUCACCGUCACACAGAACAAAGUCGAUAUCUCGCAAAUGAGCGAGCAGGACCAAAAGGCCUUCAAGAUGUAUGGUAAAGUACCAGGAAAGAACCUUUUCACCAAGAUGCAAAAGGAACGAAAGUACUUCGAUUCGGGAGAUUACAUGAUGUCGAAAGCUGGUGUGCCAACUGCCCAAGCCCCAGGUACUGCUCAUCCCACGCCCGAAGCUGUUCCCCACGCAUCACCUCCCACUGGUCAACCCCAAGGUAUACUCUCAUCGUCACCUACUGGAAACUCGCAUGAACCUCAUUCACCCACUUCCGAAAAACCUCUUACUCCCGGUGUAGGCGUCGGUAUCAGUCCUGCGGCUACUAGUGAAGCUAUCGAGAUGCCAGGUCAUCACCAUCAACGAAGAGGUAGUGAGAGCGGUAAUCAUCCAAGGAUCUCUCCACCCGGUACAAUCAGAGAGAGCUCUCACCCAUCGUCCUUCCCCAUCCAUCAUCCCAAUCCGGGAGGCUACGGUUCUUCACCUGUGAAAGCAAGUAGCUUGGCAAAGAGGUUAGACGAAGAGGCGGAGGCGGAGUUAUAG